AUGAUCGGUGCUAUUUUCGCUACUACUGGCCACGCUCAAGAUUUCCGUGACCGCUCUGCCGACGCGACACGAGGCCGCAAAACAAUCCCACUGCUGUUGUCGCAGCCUGUCGCACGUUGGUCUCUGGCCGCGAUCACUGUUGCGUGGACCAUAGGAUUAAUCGCCUUAUGGAAGCCACCAGUUCUAGUUGUUCUCGUAUACGUUGCUACCGGUAUGCGGUGUAUUGGCGGGUUUCUCUCUAGCUAUGAUGAGAACGAUGAUUAUACCUCCUAUUGCUGGUAUGGUCUGAAUCAGACAUUUGACCAGUAG